CACCGGCCCUGCCCCAUGCCACGCACCCGGGGGGACAAGGGGGCCCCCAAGGACAGGGAGGCCCCUCGUAAGGGGAAAAAAGGAGGGGAGGUGGGUGAAAAAAACCCCAAAACCCCCGAGGACGGUGGCCACCUGGAUACCAAAAGUCCCAGCUCCGAGUCCCGGCACAGUGGCCACGGGCAGAAGAACGGCAAGAAGGACCCUGGGGACCCCCACGCUGCGGCCACCAAGAUCUACUCCCCCCUCCUCAACACCGUGUUCGGCAAGGAGCGGGAGCUGUCACCAGAGGAGCUGGAUGAGCUGCUCGACGCCUUCAAGGAAUUCGACACGGACCAGGACGGCUACAUCAGCUACAAGGACCUGGGCUCCUGCAUGCGCAUCCUGGGCUACAUGCCCACCGAGAUGGAGCUCCUCGAGAUCUCCCAGCACGUCAAGAUGAGGAUGGGCGGCCGCGUGGACUUCGAGGACUUUGUGGAGAUGAUGGGGCCGAAGUUGCGGGAGGAGACGGCCCACAUGGUGGGCAUGAGGGAGCUCAGGAUCGCCUUCCGUGAGUUCGACGUGAAUGGGGACGGGGAGAUCAGCAGCGCGGAGAUGCGGGAGGCCAUCGCGGCGCUGCUGGGGGAGCAGCUGAAGGCGCAGGAGGUGGACGAGAUCCUGCAGGACGUGGACCUCAACGGGGACGGGCAUGUGGACUUUGACGAGUUCGUUAUGAUGCUCUCAACCCGGUAAUGAAGCCUUGAGGCAGGAGGGGGCCCCCCGCUGCACCCCCUUUUCCCACUCCCCCACCCCCCUGGAUCCUUGGCAGGAGCUCCCCUGCCUGUCCGACCAGCCCAACCUUGCUGCCAGCAUUAGGGUUCAGAGUGAACAGCUGGAGCUGAGCCUGUAUCUGGGAUCGGGGGGCAGACGUGAGAUCCCCGACCCCAACAGCCCCCAGGGGCGGUGGCAGAGCUGGGGGGGGGGGGGGGGGAGGCGCUGGGGAGACCAAAUAAACCCCCUUGAUCGGA